CUGGAUAUUCCUAUGGAUCUCUUUCCGCUUCCCCCCACUUGUUUUUCAACGUCUGCUAUUUCAUUCGGCCAACAAAGAAGACUCACCCAAGGAGAGCCGGAGCAGGGACACUUUUGUCUUUCAACCAAAGCAUGAGGGCUUUUGAUGAGGAAGAUCCUUAGCUUGCUUGUGAUGCAAACAAAAAACCUGGCAUAGUCACACAGUUGCUUCCUUCUUUUGUUCUCCAUCCCUACUUUCUCUUCUUUUCAAGUUUUUUUUAUUCUAAAACCAAAACUCACUUGUUUUUAAUACCCCCUACUAAAAAUGAUUGAUAUUUGUUUUUUUUUUUUUUUUUUUGCAUUUUUACAACUUCGAGAGAUGGCUUUGGUUUCUUUCCCCACCAUCCCAAUUCUUUCAUCCACAUCUCAGCAAUUACCAACCAUUUCAAACAAUCUUUACAUCCACAGAAGUUCACAAAUUCUUUCGGGGUUUCCAUAUCAAUCUUCAAUCCGUUCAAACUUUUUCUAUUCUUCAAGGCGCACAGCCUUAUUAUCAGUGCCAUUAUUCAAUGCUAAAAACUCAGAAGCAAAUGGAGCUGAAGAUUCUAGAGCUCUAGAAACAGUCCUCAAACUCUAUACCGCCAUCAAGAACAAAGAUAUCAGCGAAUUGUCUGACAUAAUAGGGGAAGAAUGUCGAUGUGUAUGCAAUUUUUUUUCAAUUUUUCAACCCCUACAAGGGAAGAAGCAAGUGCUGGAUUUUUUCUCACAUCUGAUAAGAAGCUUGGGGAACAAUAUUCAAUUUGUUGUGCGCCCAACAUUGCAUGAUGGGAUGAAUGUCGGUAUCUCGUGGAGAUUAGAAUGCAACAAAACACAUGUGCCUUUUGGAAAGGGCUUCAGUUUCCAUAUAUGCCAAGUCUAUCAUGGGAAAGUAACUAUAAGAAAUGUGGAGAUGUUCAUAGAACCACUUCUUCAUAUUGAACCCUUGAGACUGAAAAUGAUGGGAUACGUGACCACAGUAAUUGCGAAGAUUGGUACUUUCAACCCAAUAUUGAGGGAUAAGCUGGCCAGAAGAGUUGGAAGCAUUUUGCUUACACUGUUAAUCAUAGUUGCCUCUUUCUUCUUAUGCAAGCUUAAUCUGCAUUAAGCCUUGAAGGUGCCAGAUUAUUCAUGGCAUAACAUGUAUACAUGUCUUUUAAAGGGUGUCCGGAAAAUGGUUAAUUUUCUUUCUUGUUUCCGGUCAUAGGAAAAUGAUUAGUUUGAUAUGAGCAGUAUGGUUACUGAGUUAAAACCUUACUCUAGAUUAAUCAAAAGCAGGCGACUACAAUCUUGUCGAAAGUAAGGCAGAGCAUGUUGGCCCUGUCGGGACAAAACAUUUAUUUUUUUUUUGCAGUCAAUCUCUGGAUUUUAAAAGCCCCCAAACAAAAAAAGAAAAAAAGGAGCUCAAGCAACUGGAUUAUAAAGUCGGAGUCUCAAACAAAAAUUGCCUUCGACGCUGCCUUGGCAUAACCCCAUUAUUGAAUGGGUACUAUUUGCAUAACUCGUAGUUGGUUUACAUUCUAAGAUUUUUUUUUUUUUUUUUUGGCAGUUGGAAUGUUUCACAAUCUUUUAUACCACGUCGUAGAUAAUAUCCAAAGAGAAACAAAGUGAAGCUGCAUCUAAAAGCAGCAGUUUCUACCAUUUAACAAGAUAGACAAGUUAUUUCUAAAAGAAAAACAAGAAGAUACACAAAUUAUUUCUGAAAGAAAAACAAGUUACACAAGUUAUAGUUAAAAACCAAUAGAUCUGCCUUCUAACAAGAAGCAUACAUUGUCCUCUCAGACUGUACAGAACAUUAAACCAGUUUUGAGAUUAGGCAUCACUUAAUCAGAAGGCGAGAACGAUAACAAAGUGAACAGGAAACCUACGUA